GUGUUUAUAUCAUCAUCGCAAGCGAUACGCGACGGACGUGUCCACACAUCGUACAUAAUAUAAUAAAGUUUGCAUUCAGUCGAGUCGAGUGAGUGAGUGAGAGCAGUCGUCGUAAUGGCACGUACUAAGCAGACAGCCCGUAAGUCCACCGGAGGUAAGGCGCCGCGAAAGCAGCUCGCCACCAAGGCGGCCCGCAAGAGCGCUCCAGCCACCGGCGGCGUGAAGAAGCCUCACCGUUACAGGCCCGGUACCGUCGCUCUGAGAGAGAUCCGUCGCUACCAGAAGAGUACCGAGCUGUUGAUCCGCAAGUUGCCGUUCCAGCGUCUGGUGAGGGAGAUCGCGCAGGACUUCAAGACCGACCUCAGGUUCCAGAGCUCCGCCGUGAUGGCGCUUCAGGAGGCGAGCGAGGCGUAUCUGGUGGGCCUCUUCGAGGACACCAACCUGUGCGCCAUUCACGCCAAGCGAGUGACGAUCAUGCCCAAGGACAUCCAACUGGCGAGACGCAUUCGCGGCGAGCGUGCUUAAUUUUGCGCAGCCGCUGCUAAAUAAUAAUAAUAUUAUAAUAUUAUUAUUACAACAAAAGGCCCUUUUCAGGGCCGCA